UCUCCAUCAAGUCUGCCACGGAGCAAUUCUAGUAAAUUCAUCUGCAAUGGCCGACGCAACAUCCCUCGAGGAGCUGGCCCAUUCCAGUUACUGGGAUAAGCGGUACCAGAAUAGCGACAAGGACUCCACUUUUGAGUGGUUCAAAUCGUUCCAAAACCUGCAGCCUUUCUUCUCUACACAUUUGCCUCCGCCCACCAACCAUGGUAAAUGCCCACGCAUCUUGCACCUAGGCUGCGGAAACAGUGCGCUUCCCAUAGAUCUCCAUUCCAAGGGCUAUCAAAACCAAGUCUGCGUCGAUUUCUCCACCGUCGUCAUCAAUGACAUGACCAAUCGCUUUUCCGAUAGAUCGGGGAUUGACUGGAAGGUGGCUGAUGUGAGAUGCAUGACCCAUGUCGAAGCGGGCGACUUCGAUGUAGCAAUCGACAAAGGUACGCUGGAUGCCAUGAUUUCUGGAAGUCUGUGGGAUCCUCCCGCCCAUGUUAGGGACAACAUCAAGAAGUAUAUAGAUGCAGUCGUCAGAGUGCUGAAGACCGGUGGCGUCUUUCUGUACAUCACCUACCGACAGCCGCACUUCAUGAAACCACUGCUGCUCAGGGACGGUAUUUGGGACCUCAGGGUGGUUGAAUUGAAAGAGGAGGCUGGCACGUUUGAAUACUUUGCAUUCGUCCUGACGAAGAAAUAGAAACAAGCGAUCUGUCCAUGGCCGCAGUUGGUUUCUGCGCCCUUCUUCUGUCCACCUCGAAUACUUCUCGACACAUAUUCAAAGUCCACUGAGAUUGUAUGCAAGAAGAUUCACGGUGCCUCCAGGAAUGCCAGAGAGCACAUUUGGUGUGGCGGCCUCCUUCAGCCGUUCGCACAGCGCCACCGCAGUCCUUGGUCCUUCAAGGGCCAAAAAGUAGGCGCCGAGACCUGCAAUGUGAGCCGCAGCCACGGAGUUGC